AUGUUGAAUCUACAGAAAAGAAUUAAUGGGAUCGAUGACAAUAAGAAGUAUAUGGAGACUCGAAUCGCGAUAAGAGAGAAGUUACUUGCACAAGAACUGAAAGAUCUGGAAACAAACCUGAAGAACCAAAAUAUGUGCAGGUUGUCAUUUCCGUCCACUUCUCAACUGCAUGAGAUGGUGCUUACUGUUUGUCCGCAAGAAGGUAUCUACAGAGGUGGUAUAUUCAAGUUUUCAAUCUCAGUGCCUCCUGAGUACAAUAAUGUCCCUCCUACUGUGAAAUGUCUGACGCGAGUAUUUCAUCCAAAUAUCAACGAAGAUGGUAGCGUUUGCCUCUCAAUACUUCGUGAGAAUUCGCUGGAUGCGUUCGGAUGGAGACCUACGAGGAAUUUGACGGAGGUUAUUCAUGGACUGUCAUCGCUGUUCACCGACCUUAUCGAUUUUGACGAUGCAUUGAACAUGCAAGCUGCUCAACUGUGGAUGACAAACCGUGAGCAGUUCACACACCGCGCACGUGAAUACAUUGCUAAAUACUGUGAACAUCGCUAA